AUGACAGGAAGAGGCUCAAACAUGCAAGAUUCUCUAGGCUUGAUGCAGUUUCAUGAUCACCAGUAUCUUUAUAGCAGCAGCAGCAGCAACCUGCCACUGCAACAGCCUUUGUUGUAUCAUCACCAUCAGUUUGUUGAGGCCAGGGAAGGUUGCACCGGCGAGGACGAUGCGCCGGAGUUUGUCGAGCCGGCGGCGGCGGCGGCCCGGGCGAUGGAGCUAAGGGCGUGCAAGGAGGUGUACUCCGAGGGAGGCGGCGCGGUGGAGGAGAGGACGGCCAUGGCGGGGGCCGAGCAGGUGGUGGAGGAGGAGGAGGCUCACGGCGUGCGGAUGAUCUCGCUGCUUAUGGAGUGCGCGGCGGCCAUGUCGGUGGGCAACCUCGCGGACGCCAACGGGACGCUGCUGGAGCUGUCGCAGAUGGCCUCGCCGUACGCCGCGUCGUGCGGCGAGCGGCUCGUGGCCUACUUCGUCAGGGCGAUGACCGCGCGGCUGGUGGGCUCGUGGGUCGGCGUCGCGGCGCCCCUGGCGCAGCCGCCGUGCGCGGCCAUCAACGCCGCGUUCCGGGCGCUGUACAACGUCGCGCCGUUCGCGAGGCUCGCUUACCUGGCGUGCAACCAGACCAUCCUGGAGGCGUUCCACGGCAAGCGCCUCGUCCACAUUGUCGACCUCGACGUCGUGCCCGGCGGCGCGCUGCAGUGGCUCUCGCUCCUCCCCGCGCUGGCGGCGCGGCCGGGAGGCCCCCCGGUGAUCCGCGUGACCGGCUUCGGCAUGUCGGCGUCGGUGCUGCACGACACCGGCAACCAGCUCGCCGGUCUGGCGAGGAAGCUGUGCAUGUCGUUCGAGUUCUACGCCGUCGCGAAGCGGCCGGGAGACGCCGACGCGGUCGCCGACGUGCCCGGGAGGAGGCCGGGGGAGGUGGUAGCCGUGCACUGGCUGCGCCACUCCAUGUACGACGCGGCCGGGGUCGACGGCGCCGCCAUGCGGCUGGUGCGGUGGCUGGAGCCGAAGGUGGUGACGCUCGUGGAGCCGGAGCGAGCACACGGGGACGCCGGCGGCCACGGGCGCUUCCUGGACCGGUUCGUCUCCGCUCUCCACCACUACUCGGCGGUGUUCGACGCCCUGGGCGCGUCACGGCCGGCCGGCGAGGACGCGAGCAGGCACCUGGCGGAGCACGGUGUGCUCGGCAGGGAGAUCGCGAACGUGCUCGCCGUCGGUGGGCCGGCGCGGAGCAACGGCCGGGAGAGGCCCGGAAGCUGGCAGUCGGAGCUCGCCCUGCACGGGUUCAUGCACGCCGCCGCCGGGGGCGGGCGCGCGCAGCUGGUGGCCGGGGCGUGCCCGGCGGGGCUGGGCUACACGGUGGCGGACGACGCCGACGGCACGGUGCGGCUGGGGUGGAAGGGCACCCCGCUCUACGCGGUGUCCGCGUGGACGUUGUGCACCCCGCCCCAUACGCGAGCUUAA